AGGGUUCUUGAGAGAAAAUGAGAGAAACGCGCUACUCCAGAGUCCCGACGAGCGAGGGAUUGAGCCGAUCGCAGGGCGGGAGGAGAAAUUUUGAUGAUUAUGGCCCUGCUGGCGAGGAUCUGCGGUUUAGGUAUGAUAUCCCCGAUCAAGUGCCUUGGAAAUCAAUCCUGCUAGCAAUCGCCUUGCUGCUCUGUGGGACGAUUUUCAUCGUAAUCUCGCAUCUGAUAUUCACGGCUCACAUCGGCGGAGAGACAUCGCAGGCGUUUGGGUUCUUGCUGCUGGGAAUUCUAGUUUUUCUACCAGGGUUCUAUGAGACGAGGAUCGCGUAUUACUCGUGGCGUGGGUUCAAAGGGUACUCUUAUUCGCGAAUUCCAGCUUAUUAGCUAGGAGGUACUUGUGUCUAUCCUUCUUCGAUUUCUCUUAGCUCUGAAUCUCAAUGUAUUUUAUGCUUCUU